AUGGAGGACACCAACACAACAGACGUCUCUCUGAAUUACACACAUGAUGGAAAUUGGAUGUACGAUUGGUUUACUGAAAAUAGUUGUGGGGAUUCAUUUGAUGGAUAUGUGGUCUUUUUCCUUGUCUGUAUGGUGAUCUGUGUCUUUGGAAUGGUGGGGAAUGGGAUAGUCUUGUGGUUCCUGGGCUUCCAGAUGAAGCGGAAUCCUUUCACUGUCUACAUCCUAAAUCUGGCUGUUGCUGACUGCUCUAUACUCCUCGUGUAUUUUCUGUUCAUAUUGUGGUUUCUCAAGACAUCAAUAAUUUGUUAUGGUUUGGAUAUUUUUCUUAUUUUCUUCUUUAAUUACGUACAUACAGUUCCAUUCCUGUGCCACUUCUUUGUCCUUAGCAGCCUGGGUCUCCUGACAGCCCUCAGCACGGAGCGUUCUGUCUCUGUCAUCUUCCCAAUCUGGUAUCGCUGCCACCGCCCAAAGCACUUGUCAGGCAUCGUGAGUGGGGUGCUCUGGGCCAGCGUCAGCUCUUUCAUGUUGUCCAUUUAUCUUUGCUUCAAACUUUUUGAAAUUAAUGUAACAAUAUUUAGAAAUGUGGGCAUUGCGUAUUCCGUGAUAUUGUCAGUAUUGAUGUUGAUUUCCAAUGUGUCCAUGGUCAUAAGACUCCGAUGUGGCUCACAGAGAUGGCACUUGGGGAAACUCUAUGUUGCUGUUGUGCUCAAUGUCAUCUUCUUCUUUGCCUUUGGGAUGCCUUACACUGUAGAUGCCUUCCUUAAUCUUUUAUUUUAUGUUUUUCGUUUUCCUAAUACUGUGACUCUGGUUCUGGCUCUGCUGAACAGCAGCAUCAAUCCAGUCAUUUACUUCCUGGUGGGGAGCUGCCGGCAGCGCCGCUUUCAAGGCUCCAUCCAAGCCGCCCUGCGCAGAGUGUUUGAAGAGAAAGCGAGGAGCAAGGAGGAGAGCCCCGUGACUGAGGGCAUCCCCAUGGAGCGCACUGCCCAAGGCCCUGCUGGGCAGGGGAGGGAACCUAGCUGA